UCAGAGAACUUUGAGUAGCAGCCUACUAUACUUUUUGUUGUUUUGUUAUUUGUUCAGAUUUUGUAUGUGUUGUCAUUUGGUCUCGUAAUUUCAAUAUGGUUUGUGUGGUGUGCGGCUUAGUGAUAUCAAGGAUCCUUGGGACGUCCCUACCCUAAUCGCUAACCUUAUCCCCUACCUAUACCCGUUCCAUAACCCUUCCCGCUGGGCAUAAAUGUCAAGGUAUAGUUGUGAUUGACAUUUGGUUGAGUUGUCAACUAACUUGAAUUUAAAGUGAAAUCAACAAACAAAAAAUGCGCCAUGCCAUUGGAUUUAGGUUAAAAGUUGGGUAAAAAAUAGACGAAAUAACCUUAUGUUGUUGACUUUUUCCAAAUCCAAUCAGUUUUCCACGUGAGUUAAUUUAACCAUUUGAAAUUACGACUGCAAUAGGGUAGGGAUUCCAAUAGGGUAGGGAUUCUGUAUAGUGUGCAGACCUGUCUGGUCGCGCGCUCUAGUUUAGCUCCAUUUACCGGUAUUUGCGGGCACAAGUGAAAUGAUUUACGCGCGUGAAGUGUAUAAGGGAAACUAUUUGUGGAAAACGCCAAGUGUCUGUCUGGUGCAUCUUCUAUUCUAGGUAGCCUAUUCAAUAAUAAGACUAAUAUAAACACGUUUUUGGAAACUAUAUUUAACUAUAUCAAUUACCUUUAAAAAAAAUGCUGAACAUUCAUUAGGCUGUCAGAUGGGCCAUUAGAGCGCUUUCAAUACAUUCAACAAGGCUUUGAAUUAUUCUCGUGUUAUUGUAGCCAAUGUUUUUAAUAGUGUAAAUAUGUAGGCUAUAUGUAAAUACAUGAUAUCAUUAACAUAAUAUAUAGACCCGCCCAUUAAAGAACUAAAGUGAAGCCAAUGCCCCUCUAUAACAGAGAGAGGAAGGCACAUCUAGAAAUCAUAUCAACGGGUAGUCUUCACUUUCCCUGGGGCCCCCAUCCUUUUGAAGAGAAAGCUUUUGACGCACAUUUACUAGAUUAACGUAGCCUGUUCUUUUUGUUUGUUCUACCGGUAAAAAUCAAGAUAAGAUCGUCGAUGAUUUUUUUGUUUUGUUUGUUGUUAAACUGGAUAUUCAAACACUGGUAUGGUGGCGCGCGCUUUGAGGUGUUUCUUUUUCGGUUCUGUGUGACUUCCUGGUGCUACAGAGAGAGGCAGUGCUGAGUUAAAAAGACAGAAACACAAACAGCAUUUUAGAAAGGAAAAAUAGAGAGUGGGAAGCAGGAGCGAGAGAGAGGAGCAGUUGGCUGGCUUCCAGAUUCAGCCCCGCUCCACUCUUUGCAUAUUUAUGAAAUUAAUGUAUAUUUUUAUUAUAUUUAUGAUGCACAUAUUUAUUAGAAUCGACUGAAUCUACUGGAUUGGGUUUGACAAGGGGUUAAAACGAAAUUGUAACGGGAAGGUUUUUCUCUGAGCGACGGAGAAGUGGCGCACGGAUUUAUCGCCCCAUUUGUUCUCAUUUUAUAUUGAAAGAAGGAUUUACAUUAGCUGUUAUUUUAUACUUUCUGUUUACGAGAAGAGGUCAGCGGAAGAUGGGUUGUUUGGGCAACAGCAAGACUGAAGAUCAACGCAUCGAUGAAAAGGCACAAAGAGAAGCGAAUAAAAAAAUCGAGAAACAAUUACAAAAGGAAAGACAAGCAUAUAAAGCCACACAUCGACUGCUUUUAUUGGGGGCUGGAGAGUCUGGGAAAAGCACGAUUGUCAAGCAGAUGCGGAUUCUGCACGUCAAUGGCUUUAACGCAGAAGAAAAAAAACAGAAGGUCCUGGACAUCCGGAAAAAUGUGAAGGAUGCCAUUGUGACGGUAGUUUCGGCGAUGAGCACGUUAAUACCCCCAGUUCCAAUAGGUAACCCAGCGAACGAGUCCAGAAUUGACUACAUCAAAAGUAUAGCACCUCUCUCGGACUUCGACUACACAGAGGAGUUCUUUGAGCAUGCCAAGCAGCUGUGGGACGAUGAAGGCGUGAAGGCUUGCUUCGAGCGCUCCAACGAGUACCAGCUCAUCGACUGCGCACAGUACUUCUUGAACAAAAUUGAGUCUGUGAGGUCGAAUGACUACACACCAACAGAUCAGGACUUGCUUCGCUGCCGAGUUUUGACUUCAGGUAUUUUUGAAACAAGAUUUCAAGUCGACAAAGUGAACUUUCAUAUGUUUGAUGUAGGCGGCCAGAGAGACGAGAGGAGAAAAUGGAUCCAGUGCUUUAACGACGUGACGGCCAUCAUCUUUGUGGCAGCAAGCAGCAGUUAUAAUAUGGUCAUAAGGGAAGACAACAGCACCAACAGACUCCGGGAAUCACUGGAUCUCUUCAAGAGCAUCUGGAAUAACAGGUUUCUACGGACCAUUUCAGUCAUCCUGUUCUUGAACAAGCAGGACAUGUUGGCUGACAAGAUCUUAGCAGGGAAAUCUAAACUUGAAGACUACUUCCCUGAGUAUGUUCGCUAUACAGUACCGGCUGAAGGUUCACACACUCCAGAAACGAAGCAUCGUUGUUGUUGCUUCACAGUGAAGGACUCCCAAACCGAUCCUCAAGAUGUAUUCAAAGCCGUUCCAGACCCUGGAGAGGACCCUAAAGUGACCCGGGCCAAAUUUUUCAUCCGAGAUGAGUUCCUUAGGAUCAGCACGGCGAGCGGCGACGGCAAACACUACUGCUACCCCCACUUCACCUGCGCCGUGGACACGGAGAACAUCCGCCGCGUCUUCAACGACUGCCGAGACAUCAUCCAGAGGAUGCACCUGCGUCAAUACGAACUCUUGUGAUUGGUUGCAGCCCACCAUCCAGUCAGCACUCUGCCAAUCCCGGCGCAGUUUGAUUCCACUCCCAAAACACAAGGCCCUGUUACCAGGAGAACUACUGAAGCAUCACAAUGCUGUCAUUUUGUUUGCCAUUGUUGUUGUUUUCUAUUUACUUUUCUCCUUCCUUUGUUCUUUGAUCUAUGGCCCAUCUUGACUUUAUUUUGUAGGUCGAAGCAGGGAUGGGACAUUGUGUGUGUGCCUCAUCUUUUAUUUCCAAUGCCUUUAUUCUGUUCAUUCCACUAAGCCUUUUUAGACCUUUUUUUUUUGUAGUUUUUGUUUGAAACUAGUCUUCUUCUUCUGUCAUUUCUGUUGUUUUGAUCUGGACCAGCUGAAGUUGUUAUGAGGGUGUGUGAGAGUUGAGGGAUCUGAUGGACUCCUGUGAAUGCUGGUACCUCCCAACACCUCUCUCUCUCUCGUACUUGAUGAAGGGGUGGGCAGCAGAAGUAUCAGGUAACUUAAUGCCGUCAAGGAAGUAUACACAUGAUGUAGCACCGUGAUAUUUAUUACUCUGUCACUUUUUGUUUAUUUUGUAUCAUUUUAUUGCAGGAUGAUGGAGUGUGAGGCUUUCAGGCUGUAGAUUUAGCAUAGAGGGGGUGGGGCUUGUGGGAGAAUAGGAGGAUGCUGGGAGUUUGAGUCCUAUGCACCUCUGGCCGUAGGAGCAGUAGCAGCUUUCUGCCACGUGUCUAGAUGGAAAGAGAAAUACCACACUCACUUUGAUUUGCCCACAGACGGUCCUUUUUACUUAGAUCCUCUUGGGCAAGAGUUCUAUCUAUAUAUAUAUAGAGAUUUGUUUUUGUUGAUUAUCUUGUACAGACUGCAAAAUGUAAUGUUAUUUUGUACAACUUUAUUGAGAAAAAAACUACUUGUAGAAGAUCUUUGUGCCUUGAUAAUGGCUGUACCUGUAAAUUGAGCUCUGAUGUAUGUUGUUGACUGCGCUGUACAGCUUGAUGUCAAACUCUAUCUGACAGUAGAGACUGCAGGUAGGGCGUCUCUCUCUCUCUCUCUGUAGAGGUACAUUUUUCUGGUUUAUAAAAAAGGAAAAUGUUCUUUAGUAGAAAAAAGGAGGAAAAAUUUGCGAGGGGUAAAAAAAAAAAAAACGGAAAUCCUGUAUACAUUAUGCAAAUGAACCACUUACCUACCGCAGUGACCAGGUCGCAGCCAGAGACAUUGCCUUCAUCCUCCUUCGUUUUGACGGUGAACAUUUCAAUUUUUGUUUCUGAUUCUCAGCUUUAAUACAUUACAAGAUCAAUUGACGUGUCCAAAUCGCAA